CCACACUCCGCCGGCAAUGCCGCGUGGGCUGAGUCAUGAGCGAGAUGAGCCGUCACGGAGCGAGGAUCGGACUCCCAGACCUUGGUUUGGUCAUCGGUAUCUGAUGAGCUAUCAGAUUCUACAAGUACUGCGUGUUCCAUUGCUCCCGCAAUGGAGCCGAAGAUCUCAGCUAUGCUUUCCUCUUUCGAUUGAAUUGACAGCUCAGUGGUGGGAUUCACGUGAUGUGCUGUGAUGCGAAUAUGUGAGGCUUGAAUGAAUGGGGCGGGUGAAUAAGCAGCAAGGUAUGGGGAAGGAGAAUGAAGAAUGCAGAACAGGGCUAAUUAGCAUCAAUGGAGAAGGGGGGAAGGAGGAGUGAAGCUGAAGGAAGCAACACGACGUCGAUAGAGGUGAAACAACACAAUUGCUUCACCUCCAGAGAUGUCGUGAUCGACCCGGUGAAGGUUGUCCAGGUGGACCAAUCACGGGCCAAGGAAAUGGCUGGCCCCAGCAAGGUGGGGCGUCCCCCAACUGUGGCGGUGCAAGCGUAUCGGAACAGAACAUCCACUUUUUCUUAAACUCUUUUUCCGACUCACCUGGCUGUGGUUGUGUAUAAUUGGGAUGCUUCCAGCAACGCCUAUCCCUGCGGUCAAUGAGCG